AUGUUUUCACCUUUCAAUAACAAUCUCCCGAGUUUUGUCCUUUUUCCACUCACAAUUUCCUCGGCUUCGUCAAUCACAAGGUUCAUGUACUCAUCAAACCCUUGUAUUUUACCUUGGAUUCGCAGGUCUGAUUUCUCAUAUAGCCAUACAGAGACGAGCGACUGUUGUUGUAAAAACUUGAAUAUUAGAUUGAUCGGGGGCAAGUUUGUUUUGCUGGUGGAUUGUGAUGACAUUGGAUAG